GCCUUGCCGCUUCGUCAGCGCAGCGUGCCGCCGAGGAGGCGGCUGAGGCAGCAGCUGCCACGGCUGAGGCCUCCAAGGCGCUCCUGGCGGAGCACACGGAGCGGCAGGGCAGCCUAGUGAGGGACUUCGAGGCUUGGAGUCUACAAGCCCAGGAGCAGGCAGCAGCCAAAGUCCUGGGUGCUCAUGAGGCUGCGAUUAGCGAUAUGUUGAGGACAAUGGACCGCCACAGGUUGCAGACGAAGGAAGACACCCUGAGAACGCGUGAGGAGUUGAUGGUUGUCAUGAAGACCAACAGCAAAGUGGUGGAUGGCAAGAUGGCAGAGAUCAGGGGCCGCAUACAGCUUUUGGCCGCUGAAGCUGGACGCUCCCUGGGAGAUCUGAACCUGGAUGUGGAGCGCUUGCGCCGGGGAGAUUCCAGCCUAUUCCAGGAGAGCACGCUGGAGAGCCCCUCGUACAGCUCUCUCCCGGGACUACGGGAACUGCGCCACGCGGUCACCGAUGAGGCAAAGAGGAGGGAGUUGGAGCCGCAGAGGAUCUCCGAGAGGCUCAAGGAGUAUUCGGAGGACAGCACUAUUCCAGGGCCCAGCCGCCUCUCCCAAUUCCAGGAGGAGAGCCAAGGCAGCAAAGCGUCGCCUUUCACUGUCUUGGAUGGCCUACGAGGCUGCGAGGCAGCCAUCUCGGCCAUGGACCGGCGAGUGACGAAGUUGGAAGACUGCGUUGAGGACCGUCUCUACGACAUGGUGCGGCUGGAUGUGGGUAAGCAUGCAGCGAUGCAGCAGGGCCACUUGCAAGAGAUGGGCCAAAAGAUGGACAAGCUGGUGCAUACUUUGCACACGCCGUCGGGACAUGAGAAUGCAACUACCGCCCAGCUCGCAGGCGGGCCCUUGGGCAGUCGAGAAAGUUGGCGGCAGCAGUUUCGCUCCGCCCUCAAUGAUUCCAUGUAUGUUCAGCGUGCGCUGAAAACCAAUCGUCGCACGGCUGGUGACGUGGAAGCUCAGGGGUAG